AUGACCUUCGCGACCGCCUCCACAACGGACAAUGAUGUGCAAGAACACAUAACAAUCCCGCUUGUCCAACACCAACCUGAGAAAAACGAUGCCUUCGAGCAAACCAUCCACGCAGUCUCCCGCCAUGCAGCCCGCGGAUCCAAAUACGCCGUCGCCCCAGAACACCAAAUAGACGCCGGCUUCUGGCUCGGAACCUUCGACGUUGGCGCCAGCAAGAACGUCGACCUCCUCAUCGACACCGGCUCCGCGGAUGUUGCCAUCAAUCCAGACCUCUAUCAGCCCUCACCACACGCCCAGAACUUACACCAAAAAGGCGAGCUCCAAUACAUAACCACCAACUCCGACGGCUGCGGCGUCGCAGACAUCAAAUACCAGACCUUCACCGACACCGUCUGCAUGGCCGGUCUGACGUCGCACAAUCAAACGCUCGCUAAAUUGAUCAAGACCAAGCCACCGAACGCCGGAACGAUCACUGUCUUCCGACACGGCGGCCUCGUAGGUUUCGGCGGCACGAAAGCGAGUCAGACGCAGAUUGGCGGGAAGCCGUUUUUCCAGCAACUCUGCGACCAAGGGGCUGUGAAAGCGUGUCGUUUCGGCCUCGCGUAUGGGACAGAAGGGCGUGGGAAGCAGAUUCUUGGUGGUGUCGACAAGAGCCUGUUCAAAGGCGAUCUCUCGUUCUCCCCCAUCAAUCCCAUCUUCUCUCCUGUCGAGGCAGACGGCAACGUGGUUUAUUCGAACGAGAACGGGUCCGGCAAGAUCAAGAACCAGUACUUCAUCUUCGAUUCCGGGACAGCCAAUAUCGUUGGUCCUCGCGUUGAAGUACGCAAGAUGUUCAAAGCGCUUGGGAUUCAGAUUGUCAAGCAGACUGCGGAAGGCUGCGCGAGCGUGAUCUAUGGCUACUACGCUUGCGACUCGCCAGCCAAAGUCGGCUUCACGCUCGGUGGCAAGCCAUUCUACAUCGAACCAUCUGCGUUCCAACUGGCGAAUAACGGAGAAAACAAUUGCACUGCUACUAUCACAUCUUUGGAUGGCGAUGCUCCGUACUGGAUUGUUGGGCAGUCGUGGUUUCAAGGAAAGUACGUAGACUUUCAGCAGCCGCAUAAGAUUGGGGCGGCGUAUUUGAAGGAUAAGACAAUGGCGAAUUAG